UCAUGUUCUUAACCCCCUUUCUACAGGUGGAAGCACUGAGCUGAGUGCUGAAACAGAGGCAGAGUGUGGUGCUGGGGGAGCCGCAUGGAGGAUCCAGUCCUCCUCUUGCCUCAGUGGCCCAGAGGGCAGGACAAACAGCCUAAUCACUGUGGGGGAAGGGGGGAGAAGGCAUUUCUAAAACCUUGGGGAAAAGGGAGCUGGCACAGGAUGGGAGCCUGCUCCAGACACCUACCUGGCAUCCUGGCUGAAGGGGUCUGGUAGAGGCUCAUGGAGACGGGGCAGGAGACAGAAAUGAAGAGGUAGAGACAGAGGGAAAGGCGCUAGGGGGAAGAAGGAAAGACGAUGAUAGAGAAAAUGAGAGAAAAAGUUAAAGGAUGGGCACGGAUUGGCGCAGAAACACAAAAACCUAUCUGCACAAAAAUGUCUGUACUGGCUUUAAUCCUAAUGGCAAAAAACUGGAAACAAUCCAAACAAUAGGUGAGUGGAUCAACAAACUGUGGCACAUCUAGACAAUGGGACCUUUCUCAGCAAUAAGAAGGAAUGAGCCAUUGAUACACACAACAACCUGAGUGAAUCUCAUGCUAAGUGAAAGAAGCCAGACUCAAAAGGCUCCAUGCUCUAUGAUUUGUUGUAUACAAUUCUGGAAAAGGCAGGGGCGGAACACAGAGCAGUGGCUGCCAGGGGCCGGCAUUGACUACAACGGGGCAUAAAGGAAUUUUGGGGGUGAGGGAAAUGAUCUGCCUCCCCAGUGUGGUGGUGGCUCUAUGCGAUUUGUCAGAUUUUUGUCACUUUAAGUGAAUUUUACUGUAAAUCAUAUCUCAAUAAACUUGAUGGAACAAGGAGAGAAGGAAAGAGAGAGGAGGCUGAAGGUGUGGAGGAAAGCAGAGAGGGAAAGGAGAGCAAAGACAGCACAGGGAAGAGGGCCUUGAGAAGGUAGGGGAGAGCAAGGUUGGUGAGGAUGCCAGGCUUUGGCCAUGGCCGCAGCUCAUAGUUGGGAGUUUUCCCAGGGACAGGGUCCUCUCCCACUUUCAGCCUGCGAGCUCUGUCUGUACUGGUGGGGAGAUGUGGUCUUGGGCCAUCCGUGGACUACAAGGCUUGAGCCCGCACUCUAGCCCUGCCUUAGGGAGUGCCCAUACUCCAGCCCCAGAUCCUCUUACCAGGAUACUGUGGGGAAGGCAUUUGCUGCCUAGACCACUUGGCAGCUCCCACUGCCAUGGAGACCAGAUUGGAAGCUGGGAGGGCCUCAGUCUGCUUUCUGGCUGCUCUGACCCAGAAAGCUGCUCUGACCCAGCAAGCAGGAGAAAGAGGAGGCCAGGCGUCCUGAACUAGCUGCAGGGACCCCUCUAGGCUGGUGGAGCCCAGCUCCAACGGUGGCCAAGCAAGAACCUAAGCCUGGAUCCACCCACCCAUUCCCAAACACGUAUGCACGUUUCCUGGCAGGGCCCCACCCAGAAUAGAUCUCAGCCCCAGAUCCUUCCUUAGUCAGGAAGUUGGAGGUUAGGGGAUCGAAGCCCACACAUCUGUCUACUCUCCCCUGCAGAGGCAUGUUUAUCACAGUGAUGUUUGGAGCUGGCUGCUGGGAGCUGGUGAACACUUGGUGCAGCCUGGUGACACUCACUGCCCACUUGAGGCAGAGGGGGCAGGUGCCCCCAGAUGCGAUCAUUGCCCUCCUGGCUGAGGAUGGGCACCUGGUGAGCCUGGAUGAAGGGGCUUCCCAGGCCCCUUCCAUGGGCAGCCCCCUGCUGCAGGAGCGUGGGACCUAUGUCCUUGUGCAGAUCAUCAGUAAGUGGGCCACAGAGGGGGAGGAUGGGGCCCCCACCCGCUACGAGUCCCUACUGGAGAACCUGGAUGACCAGUGUCCAGAGCUCGCAGGCCCAAACAGAUAGCAGCCCAGUGGCAUUCUUCUUGCAGAAUCUGGAAUUACUGAGAAGCUGCAUCAGCAAGAGGGGCAAGGUCACAGACUGGACGCGAGGCCACCAAGGGGGGGGGGCCCUAAGACGUGGGUGCAGAGAAGGGGAUCCAAAGAUGUGGGGGCAAGCAACCCUGACAGGGGGAGACAACAGGUUUAUCCAGGGAUUCCAGCACCUAGAGUCAGGUGCCCUUGGGGUCCCUGCUAACGACUCAUCCCUAUUUGGAUUGUCAAGGUCAUCAAAUUACAACAGGACUCCUCCCCCUCCCGCACCCAGGAUGCUGGCAUAAAGUGAAACAUUCCACCCCUCCGUUGGACAUCCAUCCAUGCCCCCUGACCCCACCCCAGCAGAUAAACUAAAUGAGAGGGCACACAGCAGGCUAUGGUCUAAAACUCUUUUAAUUGCA